GCACAGUGCAGCGGCUCCGCGUCUCACAUGUGCGCCCCGUCCUCGCCGCGUCCAGGCUUUAACGCGUCUAUUGGGAAGCACUACCUCCCCCCUCCAUGCGUAAAUUAUGUAGGGCAGGAAGGGAAUGCUUACCUCCAUUUGAGAAAAACCCGGUCGGUGAAGGCUAUGUGUUGAGUGAGAAAUAGAUCACACAAAAAAAUUCAUCCUCGUUUCCAGCCAGCAUUUGACAGAAGAGCACCGUAGUAGCGCAUCACGACUUGCCUAUUGUGAAACCAAGGAGAAGGAAAGAUGGACAUCACGGAUCAAGGAGCUCAAAUGGAGCCGUUAUUACCAACGGAACAAAGUUCUCAAGAAAACAAAGAUGUGAGAACCGACGAGGAGGCGGUGGUGGACCGCGGCGGCACGCGCUCCAUGCUCAACACCAAUUUCGAGAAGGAGGAGCUAGAAGGUCACCGCACACUCUAUAUUGGGGUUCACGUUCCCCUGGGCAGGAAGUCGCACCGACGUCACCGUCACCAUGGACACAGACACAGGAAGAGGUCCAAGGAAAGGGACUCUGGGGUGGAUGAUGGACGAGAAUCCCCCUCGCACACAGACACUCCGGCUCAGAGGGUGCAGUUCCUGCUGGGGACGGAGGAUGGCGACGAGGAGCACAUCCCCCACGCCCUCUUCACCGAGCUCGACGAGAUCUGCCUCAGGGAGGGAGAGGACGCAGAAUGGAAAGAGACAGCCAGGUGGCUGAAGUUUGAGGAGGAUGUGGAGGACGGUGGAGAGCGGUGGAGUAAGCCCUACGUCGCCACGCUGUCCCUACACAGUCUGUUUGAGCUCCGGAGCUGCAUCAUGAACGGCACCGUGAUGCUGGACAUGAGGGCCAACUCUUUGGAGGAGAUCGCAGAGAUGGUCCUGGAUCAGCACGAGGUGUCUGGUCCAGUAGGUCAGGACGCCAGGAGGAGGAUCCGGGACGCCCUGCUCAAACAGCACCACCACCAGAACCACAAGAAACUGGCCAACCGCAUCCCCAUCGUUCGCUCCUUCGCAGAUAUUGGCAAGAAACAGUCCGAGCCCCAUUCCAUGGACAAGAAUGGCCAAACGGUCUCACCCCAGUCCCAGCCAGCUAACAAUGAGGGCAAACAGGACGUUAGCCGAGAAAACAGUGCUGUCGACUUCAGCAAGAUUGACCUCCACUUCAUGAAGAAGAUCCCUCCUGGUGCUGAGGCAUCCAACGUCCUGGUGGGGGAGUUAGAGUUCCUAGAGCGCCCCGUGGUGGCUUUCAUCCGCCUGGCACCUGCUGUACUGCUCAAUGGCCUGGCUGAGGUUCCCAUCACCACCAGGUUUCUUUUCAUCCUGCUGGGCCCUCUGGGAAAAGGUCCGCAGUACCAUGAAAUUGGGCGGUCCAUUGCCACCCUGAUGACUGAUGAGGUUUUCCAUGACGUGGCAUACAAGGCCAAGGACAGGAAUGACCUGGUCGCAGGUAUUGAUGAGUUCCUGGACCAGGUGACAGUCCUGCCCCCCGGGGAGUGGGACCCCUCCAUCAGAAUAGAGCCGCCCAAAAACGUACCAUCUCAGGAAAAGCGGAAGGUUCCCCCUGUUCCCAACGGAGUGACAGAUCUUGGAGAGGCAGAGGAACAUGGAGGCCACGGGGGCCCCGAGCUUCAACGCACUGGGAAGUUGUUCGGAGGGUUAAUCUUAGACAUCAAGCGAAAGGCCCCGCACUACCUUUCCGACUACGCAGAUGCCGUCAGUCUGCAGUGUCUGGCCUCCUUCCUCUUCUUGUACUGCGCCUGCAUGUCGCCCGUCAUCACCUUCGGAGGUCUGCUGGGGGAGGCCACAGAGGGACGUGUGAGUGCUAUUGAGUCCCUAUUUGGGGCCUCUAUGACCGGUAUAGCCUACUCUCUGUUUGCCGGGCAGCCUCUCACCAUACUGGGCAGCACAGGGCCCGUGCUUGUAUUUGAGAAGAUUCUCUUCAAGUUCUGCAAGGAGUACGGCCUCUCCUACCUCUCCCUGAGGGCCUGUAUCGGCCUGUGGACGGCCUUCCUCUGUCUACUGCUGGUGGCUACGGAUGCUAGCUCGCUUGUUUGUUACAUCACACGCUUCACUGAGGAGGCCUUCGCCGCCCUCAUCUGCAUCAUAUUCAUUUAUGAAGCCCUGGAGAAGCUGCUCCACCUGGGGGAGCACUACCCUAUCAACAAGAACAACAACCUCCAGAAACUCACACAGUAUUGGUGUGCAUGUGUGGAGCCCAGGGACCCCAGCAACGAAACUCUGCGGUACUGGGAGGAGAGAAACAUCACGGCCUCUCAGGUCAACUGGACCUCACUGGAAGUCCAUGAGUGUGAGGUGCUGCACGGGGAGUUUGAGGGCAGCGCCUGUGGUCCCCAUGGUCCCUACAUCCCCGAUGUCCUCUUUUGGUGCGUGGUCCUCUUCUUCUCCACUGUCAUAAUGUCUGCCUUCCUCAAGGAGUUCAAGACAAGCCGCUACUUCCCCACCAAGGUGCGGUCCAUCAUCAGUGACUUUGCUGUCUUCAUCACCAUCCUCACCAUGGUUUUGAUAGAUUAUGCUCUGGGUAUCCCCUCACCAAAGCUACAGGUCCCCAGCAAGUUCAAACCGACCAGAGAUGAUCGUGGCUGGGUGAUAAACCCAGUGGGGCCCAACCCCUGGUGGACCACCAUCGUCACCUUCAUCCCUGCUCUGCUCUGCACCAUCCUCAUCUUCAUGGACCAGCAGAUCACCGCUGUCAUUAUCAACAGGAAGGAGCACAAACUGAAGAAAGGCUGUGGCUACCACCUGGACCUGUUUGUGGUGGGGGUGAUGCUGGGCGUGUGCUCAGUCAUGGGCUUGCCGUGGUUCGUGGCGGCCACCGUCCUCUCCAUCUCCCACGUGAACAGCCUGAAGCUGGAGUCGGAGUGCUCGGCCCCCGGGGAGCAGCCCAAGUUCCUGGGGAUUCGAGAACAGCGCUUCACAGGCCUCAUGAUCUUCACUCUGAUGGGCUGCUCCGUCUUCAUGACCUCUAUGCUAAAGUUCAUCCCCAUGCCAGUGCUGUACGGUGUGUUUUUAUACAUGGGGGCUUCUUCACUCAGAGGCAUUCAGUUCUUUGACCGUCUAAAGCUGUUUGGCAUGCCGGCGAAGCACCAGCCAGACUUCAUCUACCUUCGCCACGUCCCACUGAGGAAGGUGCACCUCUUCACCAUCGUCCAGCUCAGCUGCCUUGUCCUGCUCUGGGUCAUCAAGACCUCUAAGGCUGCCAUCGUCUUUCCUAUGAUGGUCUUAGCUCUGGUGUUCAUUCGGAAGCUGCUUGACUUCAUCUUCUCCAAGAGAGAACUGAGCUGGCUGGACGACCUGAUGCCAGAAUGGAAGAAGAAGAAACUUGAAGAUGCACAGCAAGAGGAGGAGCACAGCAUCAUUGCAGAGGAAGAAGGCAUUGUACAAGUGCCACUGGAGGGACACUACAAGAGUGACCCUGCCACGGUGAACAUCACUGACGAGAUGUCCAAAGGCUCUUUCGGAAACGUGUGGAAGAGCGUGAACCCUGAAAGCACUAAGAAGGAGCCCAGCGCUAAAAGCUCCCCUUCCUAACCUCUCAGAAGCUGAAAUCCCAAAGCGUUUCCAGUGGUGGCGAGAAGCGACACAAGCGGAGGAGACACGAGAAGAGCUUGGACAGGGAGACAAGUUUGUGAUGACACGUACUGGCUGUGCCACCGCGCUGUCGGUCAAAAAAAUAGAUCAAAAAAACUAUACCGUGCCACACUCGACCACCUCUGUACUGUGCUACACUGUGCGUUUUUGUCAUGUAAGUCUGUGUGCAAGUUGUGUACAAAAAAAGAAAAAAAAAAGAAAGAAAAAUUUGUUAGAAACAGUAUUAACACGAUGAACCGAGAAACAUUUGUGUUCUUUUUUCUAUGUAUAUCAAUGUGUGGUGAUACCAGCAACAGAAGGAGCAAAGCGAGAAUUAUUUGACACUUCACUGCUGUCGAUGGGCCAAUCCAGUCAACAUUUUAAACAAAGAUUUUUAAAUCUACUUGUAUUUUGUAUGUUUUUAUAUUUUUUCAACAACAACCGCGAGUUGUCCUCUGAAAAUCUGCUAGAGCAAACCUCCAAUUUGUGGAACCUGUAUGUAAUAUUUAAUGCCACUAUUAAAUGGGUGCACCUCACGAUAAAAACACUUAAGAUUGAAUAGAUAUUUGCCAAUACUAAUCUAAGUCACUGGUAUCUAAAAUAGUUGGCUAUAUAGAAAAUCUAGGAAAUUUUUUGGAAAGUAUUAAAUAUACAUUUUAUAUAUUCUGUAUAUCUUAAUGUUUUUGUGACAGUGACAGUUCAUUGUAUGCUUUAUCACUCCAGAUUUUUCUCCAUAUCAUUUUACAAAUAAAUGUCUAUCCUCCAGCAUAGCAUUUCUCCAAUGAGUUAAGGGCAAUAUUUUCUUUUGGGCAGUUCAUUGGAAAAUGACACAUGUAGACUAGCAUGGCAGCUUAGUCUGGGAACUUUGUGUAUCUCUAGCUAUUUGGCCUUGGCUUUUUUCAAAUCAUCAAAUUUGCAAACGCCUAAUUUUAGGGUGACCGUGUAGGAAGCUGUAUGUUUUUCACCCGCAUAACUCUUUCUGUCAUCUUGUCAGUAAGUGUCAUCCAUGGACAUGUGAUCUCCCCUCCAAAUGACCCUCAACGUGUUGACAUCUAACUUAAUUGUUUCAAAAAAUACAACACCUGCACAAAGGUGAGGCAAACUUGUCCGUCCAUGGUUACUUCUAGAGAUGCAAUAAUACCUUUUUCUGAGAAGGGCAACAUGUAAUAAAUGGUAAAGACUCUUAACAAUGUACAAUACAUAGUAUAUUUUAUUCAUGUAAAAUGUUACUAAUAUAUUACUAACUUGGAAACAGUGUUGAAGGCAAGUUUUUUGUUGUAGAUGUUCUUUUCCCAUUGUACUGUCUAAUUGAUGGUUCUUAGAUGACUAGAAAAACUAAUAAUGGGUCAAAAUUAUAUCAUUCUGAAAUAUUUUGACCACUUAUGUGUGGAAUCUGCCUUAAAUUUGGUAGUGAUAGCUGUAUACUUAUGUUUAAUAAAUUAAGUCAUCUGUAUAGAUGAAAUAUUAAUUCAGAUCUGUUAUUAAAUUGUAAUUUGUUACAUGAGAGUGAGAGUGUGAGAGAGAGCGCAAAUAAAGAGAUAUCAAACACA